AUGCAAGGUCCGCCCGAGUGCGGGCCUCAGCAAAUGGCACUCACUUCUCCAUUACAAUUCGCUUCCCGCUCAGCUUCUCGCCUGAGAAGGAUUGCAUUUUCUGCAUCCCCGCGGCGGCGACAUGCAUCCACUUACAACGCUGACGUCGCGGGACUCACAGAGGAGCAGGCGGAGUUUCGUCACAGCGUCGCGCAGUUCGCGAAAAAAGAGGUCGAGCAUAGGGCUGCUGAGAUAGACAAGUCGAAUACUUUCCCCAUGGAUUUGUGGCCUAAACUUGGCCAGAUGGGCCUGCUCGGUGUGACGUGCUCGUCGAAGUACGGCGGCCUCGAGCAAGGGUAUUUCGAACACACGCUCGCCAUGGAGGAACUAUCACGCGCAUCUGGCUCCGUCGCGCUCUCAUACGGCGCGCACUCCAAUCUGUGCGUCAACCAGAUCCACCGGCACGGCACGGAGGCGCAGAAGGAGAAGUAUCUGCCCGACCUCAUCUCGGGGAAGAAAGUGGGCAGUUUGGCGAUGAGCGAACCGAACUCGGGGAGCGAUGUGGUCAGCAUGGGGCUCAAGGCGGUGAAGAAGUCGGGAGGCUGGGUGCUCAACGGGAACAAGUUCUGGAUCACAAACGGACCCACGGCAUCGACACUAGUUGUGUAUGCAAAGACAUCUCCAGAGAAGGGCUCGCAGGGUAUCACAGCGUUCAUCAUCGAAAAUGAUUUCCCUGGAUUCUCAACGCAUCAGAAACUGGACAAGGUUGGCAUGCGGGGCAGCGACACUUGUGAACUUGUUUUCGAAGACUGUGAAGUUCCAGACGAGAAUGUUCUGGGCCAAGUCGAUAAGGGCGCAGCUGUCUUGAUGUCUGGCCUCGACCUUGAACGAUUGGUUCUGAGCGGAGGACCCCUAGGUUUGAUGCAAGCCGCAUUCGAUUAUGCAAUUGACUAUGUUCAUGAGCGCAAGCAAUUCGGCCGUGCUAUCGGCACAUUUCAAUUGAUGCAGGGCAAAAUUGCGGAUAUGUAUACAAAGAUCAAUGCGAGCAGGUCGUAUGUUUAUUCCGUCGCACGCGCUUGUGAUAGAGGGCAGAUCAGUCGAAGAGACUGUGCGGGCGCUAUCCUCUACUCUACGGAGAAAGCGGUAGAAGUCGCUCUGGAAGGAAUGCAGUGCCUUGGAGGAAAUGGAUACAUCAACGAUUUCCCGAUGGGGAGGAUAAUGCGAGACUCGAGGUUGUACACAGUGGGCGCCGGAACACAGGAGAUUAGGAGGAUGCUUAUCGGGAGAGAGUUCAACCAGGACUAUUUGAGCUGACUGCCGGAGACUGUACACACAACUUGCUAACGAAUGGAUUCAGAGGUAUGCCAUCUGUUCUGUUGGACACGGGCGGAGCUCGAUCGUGGCCAUGCAAUAGGUGUGCUUUCGGUCUACGGAUAUCGCGUUGACCUUGUGCGACUAGAUUCGAAACCAUAACUUACCAGGACAGCGAUUCUCUCCGUAAGAUGUCGAUCUUCUCACGAACAAGUAGAUUUAG